UUGGUCAAAUAUAUAAAUAUAUACUUAACCGUACACUUUCAUUACCGCAAUUUCUGAUUUUCUCAGCGCUUCGCUUCGUUUCGUUUUCUUUCCAUCCUGAAGAUUGUGCUAGAUUCGUUUUUUUGAUCUGUGAAGAAAUGGCUCGUACCAAGCAAACCGCGCGCAAAUCUACUGGGGGAAAGGCUCCCAGGAAGCACCUUGCCACUGCCACCAAGGCUGCAAGGAAAUCGGCUCCCACUACUGGUGGAGUCAAGAAGCCUCAUCGUUAUCGUCCAGGAACAGUUGCACUCCGUGAAAUUAGGAAGUACCAGAAGAGCACUGAGCUCUUGAUCCGGAAAUUGCCAUUCCAGCGCCUUGUUCGGGAAAUUGCUCAGGACUUCAAGACUGAUUUGAGGUUUCAGAGCCACGCUGUUCUUGCCGUACAGGAGGCUGCAGAAGCUUAUUUGGUGGGUUUGUUCGAGGACACCAAUCUGUGUGCCAUCCAUGCCAAGAGAGUGACGAUCAUGCCUAAGGACAUUCAAUUGGCUCGUCGUAUCCGCGGUGAGCGUGCAUAGAAUUGGUGCUAGUUCCUGUAGGAUUUUAUAAUAGUUUUUAGGGGAAGUACCUACAUGUUUGGGGAUAUCUGUUACUGUACAGAUUUUAUGGAAUAGUUAAAUCGUUUUGGUUUACGAUACGCAUUUGGAUCAUUUUGAUUUUGAUUACAGGAUGGUUGAAUACUAUAUUGUUUUGUUGUUUUG